CACGAUAACCUCCUCUCUCACUAUAUCGUGAUAGAACUAUUAGCAAGGGAAUACAAGCAGAAUUAUUGCAGCCCCACCGAACUCAAUGAGGCAGCAGGAGGCGCAACAGCUGUUUGUGUUUUGCUGAGGGAGCUCCGAAGUGUGUAAUUGCAUGAAUGAAUUCGAUUCUGAGGGCUAAUCGAAAGCGCAGCAGAACAAUAGAAGCCAGCUCAGGGUCAGAAACACACCCGAAUGCAUCGAAACGACGACGAGGAGCGCCUCAUUGAGAGCGCGGAUCAGGACGAUGAGGAGAUUCUUGGGGCCGAGGGAAGUUUCGUUCCCGCCUUUCGACCCCAUGAUCCGGAUUACGACAUGGAGGACGAACGUUGCCUGCUGGAGCGACAGGAGGAUGAAGUGGUCCUCGUGUCGAAUGAGCCCGCAUCGGGAAAGCUCUUCACCUACGUGGUCUUCUACCUGCUUGGCAUUGGAACGAUGACGCCGUGGAACUUCUUUGUGACAGCGGAAGAUUAUUGGAAGUACAAAUUCCGCAAUACCACUCUCAAUGGCAGUGAUCCGGACGAGGAACUGACGCCGCUGCAGAAGAGCUUCACCUGUGAUUUGGCCCUCACGGCCACCAUCUCUGGCACGGUCUUCCUGAUCCUCAACGCUAUCUAUGGCAAUCAGAUUUCACUGAGGGUCAAAAUGCUGGGCACGAUGUGGACCAUUCUCGUUCUGUUCGGCGUGACCACGGGCUUUGUGGAGGUGAACACGGAUACCUGGCAGGAGCAGUUUUUCUUGAUCACACUGAUUAUUGUAGUUCUACUGAACUCCUCUGCGGCGACCAUGUCGGGUGCCCUUUAUGGCAUCGCCGGCCUGUUCCCCUCAGAGUUCAUAACGGCCGUAGUCAGUGGACAGGCCUUGGGAGGUAUCCUUACCGCUCUGGCCUUCAUCCUGGUACUAGCUUUUGACACGGGCCCCAACACGACGGCCUUCAUCUUCUUCAUCGUGGGCGGCCUGGUCAUACUGCUCUGCAUUGUCUGCUACAUGAUCUUGGUGCGACAGCCGUUCUUCAAGUAUUAUCUGGACGGCGGCGACAAGUACAAGGUGAUUAGUGCGAUACCCUCGCACAGCCGUAACGAGGAGACGGAGGGCGUGACACUUGAGCCGAUUGCGCGGAAAGUGAUGUCUAAAAUAUAUCUACAUGCCGUCUGCCUGGCACUACUCUACACGACCACGCUGUCUGUCUAUCCAGCGGUGACUGUGCUGAUGCAGUCCGAGCAUUCUGCCAGCCACACCGAAUGGACGGAUAUAUACUACCUGCCUGUGGUCAACUAUCUGUUCUUCAACUGCGGCGACUACUUUGGACGCCUCUUGGCUGGCUGGCUGGAGCGUCCCAUUAAUCAGCAAACCACGCUGUUGCUGACCAUAGUGCGCAUGCUCUUUAUUCCGUUAUUAUUGUGCUCCAACACAAGCGAGCACAACUUCCUGCCUACUCUGGUGGAGCACGAUUAUUCGUUCAUCACAAUGAUGAUUGUAUUUGCCUUAUCCAACGGGUAUUUGACCAAUAUCCUGCUUAUCAUGGCGCCUAGGAGCGUCAAGCAGCACGAGAAAGAGUUGGCGUCCUCCAUUAUGGCGGCUGCUCUGAGUGUCGGCAUGGCUGUGGGAUCCCUGCUGAGCCUCUGUUUCGUUCAGAUGUUGUAACCUGCAGGACCCGCUGUACCUGCCGUUUUCAAUGGUGCCUUAGCCAAUUUUAUGUAUAAGUUUUAUGUUUUUAUGUUACCUGAUGUUCUUCAAAUCGUUAUUGUUAAGCAUUUAGGUCAAGACCUUGCCGUGUCCCGUGUCGAUUUCAAAUCGUUUUGUGAUCGUCUUAGUAGCUCCAAAAUCCGCCAUUAAUCUGAGAGAUUCUUUUAUAUCACAUGUAUAAUAACAUUUAGCUUGUAAGUUUAAAUUUUUUGAAUAUAAAAAUAUAAGGUUUCAAACACUU